ACCUUAAUUAAAAAAAAGUCACCUUUCUUUUUUCUCCGGUCACUACAAGUUUACGGCACAAUUAGGUUUUCUUUUUUUGUUUACUUUGUAAUUGGCAGCUAGCAUUUCAGUAUUUUUGGUUUUUGUAAACUGUAAUUUAGGUUAGUUGUUCUAAACACCCUGAUUUUCACUGGUUUCAUAUCCCUGGUCUUUUAAACCCUAUUUUGAAGCUUUGAGUUACAGUUGGGUGUUGGUAGUGUUUGAAAAAGCUAUGAACUUGGAUACCCUUUUGGAUUUUUAGUUAAAAGAAGUUAUAAAAGAAGGUUCUUUGGUGGAAAAAAAGAUGAUUGCAGAGAAGCCCAUUUGGGUGAAACAUGAGGGAAUGCAGAUUUUCUCCAUUGAUAUUCAACCUGGUGCCCUCAGGUUUGCUACUGGUGGAGGUGACCACAAGGUGAGGAUUUGGAACAUGAAAUGUGUUAGCAGGGUCUUAGGAGAUGAUGAACCGACACAGAGGCUUCUCGCAACUUUGCGUGAUCAUUUUGGAUCAGUAAAUUGUGUCAGGUGGGCUAAGCAUGGCCGGUAUGUUGCAUCAGGUUCUGAUGAUCAGGUGAUUUUAGUUCACGAAAGGAAGCCUGGUUCAGGCACCACGGAGUUUGGUAGUGGAGAGCCACCAGAUGUUGAGAACUGGAAGGCUGCAAUGACUUUGAGAGGACACACUGCAGAUGUGGUGGAUCUUAAUUGGUCCCCGGAUGACUCCACAUUGGCUAGUGGGAGUUUGGACAAUACUAUUCAUAUUUGGAAUAUGAGCAGCGGCAUUUGUACAGCUGUUCUACGAGGUCACUCUAGCCUGGUUAAAGGAGUAGCUUGGGAUCCCAUUGGCUCUUUUAUAGCAAGUCAAUCAGACGACAAGACUGUCAUUAUAUGGCGGACUAACGACUGGAGUCUGGCUCACAGAACAGAUGGCCACUGGGCAAAAUCUCUGGGUUCUACAUUUUUUAGGCGGCUUGGGUGGUCCCCAUGUGGCCAUUUCAUAACUACUACUCAUGGUUUUCAGAAGCCAAGGCAUUCUGCGCCUGUUCUAGAGAGAGGGGAAUGGGCUGCCACAUUUGAUUUCUUAGGACAUAAUGCCCCCAUUAUUGUGGUGAGGUUCAACCAUUCGAUGUUUAAAAGGAAUUCGGCCAGUGCACAGGAUGCCAAAACUGCACCUGUUGGGUGGGCAAAUGGGGCCUCUAAAAUUGGAGGGAAAGAAUCACAGCCAUAUAAUGUUAUUGCCAUUGGGAGUCAGGAUCGCACUAUAACUGUAUGGACAACUGCUAGUCCUCGACCUCUUUUUGUGGCGAAACAUUUCUUUACUCAAAGUGUAGUAGAUUUGUCCUGGAGUCCUGAUGGAUAUUCACUUUUAGCCUGUUCCUUGGACGGGACAGUUGCUACUUUUCAUUUUGAAGUAAGAGAAAUUGGGCACAAGAUUAGUGAUGUUGAGCUUGAUGAAUUAAAGAAAAGUCGUUAUGGUGAUGUUAGGGGCCGACAAGCAAACUUGGCGGAGAGCCCGGCACAGUUGUUGCUGGAAGCAGCUUCAGCCAAACAAACAGUGACCAAAAAGGUGGUCUCUGAUAUUCAGCAAGACCAGACGCUUGCAAAAUCUUCUGUUGAUUUGGAGGCUAUAACAAAGAUUUCUGAGCCCCAAGUUGAUGAUGGGAAGAAGGCUGUGGGAACUGCUGGUGAUAGUUUGAAUAAAGCGGCAGCUUCUGCUCGGAUUUCUAGUCCUGUGAAACAAAGAGAAUAUAGACGCCCUGAUGGUAGAAAAAGAAUCAUUCCUGAAGCUGUAGGAGUGCCCAAUCAGCCAGAAACAGUUAUUGGUGGGGUCCAGUCUCAAGCACUCGACUUACCUCUUGUAGUAUCUAAUCAAGGAAAGGAUGAAAAUGGGCUACGCCUCGCUGCUGGCGACAAGCCAGAAACUUCUUUCAGGGGAACAUACAUUAGAAGCUCCGACUUGAAAGAUCGUUCUGGGAUCACUGCCAGGGCUACUGUUACAGAGAGUUUGGUCAUUGAGAAAGUUUCUAGUUCUUCAGGCAGAGAUGGCAGUAUCAAUGUGGAACAGUCUGGAAGUGCGAAGGCAUCCAGUUCCUCCAGUGUUCCUUCUACACCUAUUUCAAUUAGGGUAUUUGAUAAGAAAAUAGGGGAAGAUACUGUACCAAUUUCCUUGGAAGCUCGUCCUAGAGAACAUGCUGUUAAUGAUAUUAUUGGGGUAGGAAAUGCUAUUAUGACGAAAGAAACAGAGGUUGUUUGCACAAGAGGGGCUCAAACUCUUUGGUCCGAUAGAAUCUCUGGAAAAGUCACCGUUCUCGCUGGAAAUGCCAACUUUUGGGCUGUUGGUUGUGAAGAUGGAUGUUUACAGGUUUAUACAAAGUGUGGGAGACGUGCCAUGCCAACUAUGAUGAUGGGAUCUGCAGCCACCUUCAUAGAUUGUGAUGAAUGCUGGAAGUUGUUACUUGUCACAAGAAAAGGUUCAGUAUAUGUGUGGGAUCUACAUAAUCGGAAGUGUGUUUUGCAAGACUCAUUAGCAUCUCUAGUUGCUUCAGAUCCAAACUCUUCUGCAAAAGGAACAAUCAAAGUUAUAUCUGCAAAGUUGUCAAAAUCUGGUUAUCCUCUUGUUGUUUUGGCUACACGCCAUGCCUUCCUUUUCGAUGCAAAUCUUAUGUGCUGGCUGAGAGUGGCAGACGACUGUUUCCCUGCAUCAAAUUUUUCUAGCUCCUGGAAUUUUGGAUCAAUUCAGAGUGGGGAAUUAGCUGCACUGCAGGUGGAUGUUAGGAAAUAUUUGGCAAGAAAGCCAGGUUGGGGCAGGGUGACAGACGACGGAGUGCAAACUCGUGCACAUUUGGAGGCUCAGUUGGCGUCUUCCUUGGCUUUGAAAUCCCCCAAUGAAUAUCGCCAGUACCUUCUAUCUUAUAUACGCUUUUUAGCAAGAGAAACAGACGAGUCUCGUCUGCGAGAGGUCUGUGAGAGUUUUCUAGGACCUCCUGCUGGGAUGGCGGAAUCCACAUCUUCAGAUGCAAAGAAUUUGGCUUGGGAUCCUUAUGUUCUUGGAAUGGAAAAGCACAAACUCUUGAGAGAAGACAUUCUCCCCGCAAUGGCAACGAAUAGAAAAGUUCAGCGUUUGCUCAAUGAAUUCAUGGAUCUCCUGUCUGAAUAUGAAAGUGCAGAAACGAAUAUUGACCAAAAAAACUCAGCACAACCAACUACGUCAGAACCAGCAACUAAUCACAUGGACCUUGACGAAGCUGCAAUAGAUCCGAAGAACACUGUUCGACCAGAAGCUCCCCGAACAGACUCUCUCCAACCAGCUACAGAUCCCAAGGACUCUCCCCACAUUACAGCAAAGAACGCCGGCUCUACGCCUGUAGUAACUAAUCAAGUAGAUUCAGGACCAAGAUUGCUAGAUCAAGUUAUUCCGGAUUCACCCGCUACAGAUACCGGUUCUUGAAUUAUUUAACUUCUAACCAGUGGGACUCAUGUUAAAAUAGCAUUAGCUGGCUAACAAAUGAUUUUUCUUCUGAACUGGAUAUAGGUGCACUUCCUGAUUGUUAAAAGUUGAUGGUACCAUUAAUAGGUGCCUCCAAGGCUUAUAAGUCUUCUCAAUUCUCAUGAGUAACCAAGAAUCUCAUUGUUGAGUAAGGUAAAGAAGAUUAUGCAAGUCUUUUCAUUUAUAGUUUUUCAAAUCAGUCUUGUACAAUCUCGCUCAUAGUUCGAUUAGCUUUUCAAAAUGCUCUAAUCGAUCAGCAGAGAAAGCAAGUUUCCUUUCUUUUUUUCUACAGUUGGUAUGUCAGUUAGGUAAUAAGCAUAUACAUUAACUAGAUUAGCACAAUCUUAGCUAGGGUUGUAAUCUAGCUGAGCUGACUUUUGAGGUGUUCAUAUUCAAUCUGUUAUAAACAUGAGAUGUUCAUGUUCAACUCGGAGCUCGAUUCUAACUUUGAAUACUAAGCUCGAGCUCUGUUCAUUUAUAUUUUAUAAUGUUCAUGUUCGGUUAGAGUUCAA